AUUUUUGUAAUCGAAAUCUAACCUUGACGACAAGAAAGAAGUGUCGGCGAUAAGUCGUUGGCUUAUUUUAGUUGUUUUUCUAUUACAAAAGUGCAUUUUAGUUGGUUAUUUGCGGCGGGAACAUGUUAAAUGCAUGUUCAUCAAUUGGAUAAUAUAAAGUUCAACUUUCUAGUUUAGUAAUACAACGAAAAUUGUAUUCUUAUUUCGGUUUAAAUCAACGUGAAUCGGGCGUCGACCGGUCCAUCCCUUCUACCCGUAACCGUCGCCUGCUGUCAGUCGUUCGCUAUCGUCAUUUUGUACGAAUCAGCGCCGUCCGCGACACGGCAAGCGCGAAGAGAACAACGCCGUGUGAUAGCAAUAAGUAGAAACGUGUGUUGUGGUGUGCCGGUCUGAGUGACCGUUUAAUGUGGUAUCUAGUGUCGGUGUUCAACUGUCGUACGGGCCGCGCGGCGUGAUCAGGCGGCGCGAUGGUGGACAUGGAUAGGAACGACCCGGAGCUCCGGUACUUGUCGGUGGAUAGGAACAGCUUCAACGACCCCGCCACACAGGCAGAAUGGACGCAGAAGAGACUAGUUUGGGUGCCCCACGAGACCCAGGGUUUCGUGGCGGCUGGGAUCAAGGGGGAGCGUGGGGAUGAAGUGGAAGUGGAGAUAGCGGAGUCAGGGAAGCGUAUCCUUGUUCCUAUAGAUGAUAUUCAGAAGAUGAAUCCCCCAAAGUUUGACAAAGUAGAGGACAUGGCAGAGCUGACCUGUUUGAAUGAGGCGUCUGUAUUGCACAACAUCAAGGACAGAUACUACUCUGGACUGAUCUAUACAUACUCCGGUCUCUUCUGUGUAGUGGUGAACCCCUACAAGAAGCUGCCCAUCUACACGGAGAAGAUUAUGGAGAGGUAUAAGGGGAUAAAGCGGCAUGAAGUACCUCCUCAUGUGUUCGCCAUCACAGACACUGCCUACCGUUCUAUGUUACAAGAUCGAGAGGACCAGUCAAUUCUUUGCACAGGAGAAUCUGGUGCUGGUAAGACAGAGAACACAAAGAAGGUGAUACAAUAUCUCGCGUACGUCGCCGCAUCAAAACCCAAGGGAUCUGGAGCGGGACCGUCGCCACAGUUGAUUAUAGGUGAACUGGAACAACAGCUGUUACAAGCUAACCCCAUAUUAGAAGCCUUCGGUAACGCCAAGACUGUUAAAAACGACAACUCUUCUAGAUUUGGUAAAUUCAUUAGAAUAAACUUCGACGCGUCAGGUUUCAUAGCGGGCGCGAACAUCGAAACGUACUUACUCGAAAAGUCGAGAGCUAUCAGACAAGCGAAAGACGAGAGGACAUUCCACAUAUUCUACCAGCUCCUUGCCGGUGCCACGACACAGCAGAGAGCCGAGUACAUCCUAGAGGACCCCAAGAGCUAUCCAUUCCUAUCCAAUGCUGCACUGCCCGUCCCUGGCAUCGACGACGCAGCCGAGUUCCAGGCCACCAUCAAGUCCAUGAACAUCAUGGGCAUGAACAACGAGGACUUCAACUCGAUAUUCAGGAUAGUCUCCGCAACUCUACUCUUCGGCUCCAUGCAGUUCAAGCAGGAAAGGAACUCCGACCAGGCCACGUUGCCUGACAACACAGUCGCGCAAAAGAUCGCGCAUUUACUUGGUCUUUCCGUCACAGAAAUGACUAAGGCGUUCCUCAAACCUAGGAUCAAAGUGGGCCGCGACUUCGUCACGAAAGCUCAGACCAAGGAGCAAGUGGAGUUCUCGGUGGAAGCUAUCGGCAAGGCUUGCUACGAGCGCUUGUUCAGAUGGCUCGUGAACAGAAUCAACCGCUCCCUCGACAGGACCAAGAGACAGGGAGCUUCCUUCAUCGGCAUCCUCGAUAUGGCUGGUUUUGAAAUCUUUGAGCUUAACUCCUUUGAACAGCUCUGCAUCAACUACACUAAUGAGAAGCUCCAGCAACUCUUCAACCACACUAUGUUCAUCUUAGAACAGGAAGAGUACCAGCGCGAAGGUAUCGAGUGGAAGUUCAUCGAUUUCGGUCUCGAUUUGCAACCGACCAUCGACUUGAUCGACAAGCCUAUGGGAAUAAUGGCUUUGUUGGACGAGGAGUGCUGGUUCCCUAAGGCUACUGAUAAGACUUUUGUUGAGAAGCUGGUAUCAGCACACUCCGUCCAUCCCAAGUUCAUGAAGACUGACUUCCGUGGAGUUGCUGACUUCGCGAUUAUUCACUACGCUGGCAAAGUAGACUACUCCGCAGAGAAAUGGUUGAUGAAGAAUAUGGACCCUCUGAACGAGAACGUCGUAUCCCUUCUCCAGUCAUCCCAGGAUCCGUUCGUGUGCCACAUCUGGAAGGACGCGGAGAUCGUGGGCAUGGCGCAGCAGGCGAUGACGGACACACAGUUCGGCGCGAGGACCCGCAAGGGCAUGUUCAGAACAGUCUCUCAAUUGUACAAGGAACAGCUGACCAAACUGAUGGCGACGCUAAGGAACACUAACCCGAACUUCGUAAGGUGUAUCAUUCCCAACCACGAGAAGAAGGCUGGAAAGAUCGAAGCGCCUCUAGUUCUCGACCAAUUACGUUGCAAUGGUGUGCUUGAAGGUAUCAGGAUCUGCAGACAAGGUUUCCCCAACCGUAUACCCUUCCAGGAGUUCAGACAGCGCUAUGAGCUGCUGACUCCUAACAUUAUACCGAAAGGUUUCAUGGAUGGAAAGAAGGCUUGUGAGCAGAUGAUCGAGGCUCUAGAGUUAGAUCACAAUUUGUACCGCGUCGGUCAGUCCAAGAUCUUCUUCCGGGCUGGUGUACUGGCACAUCUUGAGGAGGAACGGGACUACAAGAUCACUGACUUGAUAGUCAACUUCCAAGCGUUCUGCCGAGGCUACCUUGCUAGGAGGAACUACCAGAAGAGACUGCAACAGCUGAACGCUAUCCGCAUCAUUCAGAGAAACUGCGCCGCCUACCUCAAGCUGCGCAACUGGCAGUGGUGGAGACUGUACAUCAAGGUCAAACCUCUUCUGGAAGUGACGAAGCAAGAAGAGAAGUUGACGCAGAAGGAGGACGAGCUCCGUCAGAUCCGUGAGAGACUGGACACCCAGGUGAAGAGGUGCCAGGAGUACGAGCAGAAGUACCAGCAGGCCAAUGCUGAGAAGACACAGUUGGCUGAACAGCUACAGGCUGAGUUGGAGUUGUGCGCGGAGGCGGAGGAGUCCCGCGCCCGGGCGGCGGCGCGCAAGCAGGAGCUGGAGGAACUGCUGCACGACCUGGAGGGCCGCAUCGAGGAGGAGGAGGAACGCUGCAACGCGCUGCAGCAGGAGAAGAAGAGGCUGCAGCUCAACAUUCAGGACCUGGAGGAACAGCUGGAGGAGGAGGAGGCGGCGCGGCAGAAGCUGCAGCUGGAGCGCGUGCAGUGCGACUCCAAGAUCAAGAAGCUGGAGGAGGACCUCGCGCUCAGCGACGAUACCAACCAGAAACUUGUCAAGGAGAAGAAGGUAAUUACGUCUUCCAAGUAGGAUUUAAUGCCAAGGCAUUCUCUACCAGCCAAAUCUUUGAAAGAUUUUAUGUUUUUAAUGACUUUGGAAGCACCAAUUAUUUACGAAUGUAGAAUAUAUCUCGUUAUCAUGUACCAGGAUCACCAAAUGCGCCAAGAGACGGACCGCGCCAAGCGGAAGCUGGAGACGGAGCUGCAGGACGUCAAGGAACAACUCGCCGAGAGGAAGGCACAGCUCGAGGAGUUGCAGAUUGUACUCACAAAGCGCGAGGAGGAGCUAGCGUCAGCGAUAAGUCGCGCGGACGAGGAGAGCGCGGCGCGCGCGGCGGCGCAGAAGGCGGCCCGCGAGGCCGAGUCCGCGCUGGCCGACGCGCACGAGGACCUGGAUGCAGAGCGCGCCGCAAGGACCAAGGCCGAGAAGCUGCGCCGCGACCUCAACGAGGAACUCGAGGCACUCAAGAGUGAACUGCUGGAUUCUCUUGAUACUACUGCUGCGCAACAAGAGCUCCGUACCAAGCGCGAGCAAGAAGUAGCCGUCCUGAAGCGCAGCCUGGAGGAGGAGGCCGCGGCCCACGAGGCCAGCCUGGCCGACCAGAGGCACAAGCACUCGCAGGAACUGCAGCAGCUCAACGAACAACACGACCAGCUCAAGAAGGCUAAAGCCGCUUUGGAGAAAGCCAAGCAAGUAUUGGAGGCUGAGAAUGCGGACUUGGCGACGGAGCUGAAGAGUGCGAGCGCGGCGCGGGCCGAGGGCGAGCGCCGCCGCAAGCAGGCCGAGGCACAACUACAGGAGAUUGCUGCCAAGCUGCAGGACGUAGAGCGCGUCAGGUCGGAGCUGCAGGAGAAGUGCGUGCGUCUGCAGAGCGAGGCGGAGACGGCGGCGGCGCAGCUGGAGGCCGCCGAGCUCAACGCAUCCGCCGCGCACAAACACGCCGCCACCACCGGGGCACAACUCGCCGAGGCACAGGCUCUACUAGAAGAGGAGACGAAACAGAAGUUGUCUCUGCAAACCAAACUGCGCAACAUCGAGCAACAACUGGAGCAGGCCAGGGACCAACUCGAGGAGGAGGAGGAGGCCAAGAAGAACUUGGAGAAACAAGUAACAGCGUUGACCCAGCAAGUGGCGGACGCUAAGAAAAAGGCAGAAGAAGAGGCGGAGAACGCGGCGGCGCUCGAGGAACAGCGGAAGAAGCUCAGCAAGGACGUGGAGGCACUGCAUCGGCAGAUCGACGAGCUGCAGCAGGCUAAUGACAAGCUUGACAAGAGUAAAAAGAAGAUCCAGGCGGAAUUGGAAGACACGAACAUCGACCUGGAGGCGCAGCGAGCCAAGGUUAUGGAACUCGAGAAGAAACAGAAGAGCUUCGAUAAGGUGGUAUCAGAAGAGCGUGCGAUAGCGGAGCGUUACGCGGCGGAGCGCGACGCGGCCGAGCGGGACGCGCGCGACAAGGAGACGCGCGUACUCUCGCUCACCAGGGAACUAGACACCGCGGCUGAGAAGAUCGAAGAACUAGAACGCACAAAACGCCUCCUGCAAUCCGAGCUAGACGAGCUAGCCAACACGCAAGGCACGGCGGACAAGAACGUGCACGAGCUGGAGAAGGCCAAGCGAGCCCUGGAGUCUCAGGUAGCGGAGCUGAAGGCACAGAACGAGGAGAUCGAGGACGACCUGCAGAUCACUGAGGACGCUAAACUGCGUCUCGAAGUCAACAUGCAGGCCAUGCGAGCUCAGUUCGAAAGGGACCUUCAGGCCAAGGAGGAGCAGGGCGAGGAGAAGCGGCGCGGCAUCGUGAAGCAGCUGCGCGACCUGGAGGCCGAGCUGGACGACGAGCGCAAGCAGCGCGCCGCCGUGCUCGCCAUGCGGAAGAAGCUCGACGCCGACCUCAAGGACGCCGAGCAGGCGCUGCAUCUCGCUAAUAAGGUGAAAGAAGACGCGGCGAAGCAGGUGAAGAAGCUGCAGCAGCAGUUGAAGGAGGCGGCCCGCGAGGCCGAGGAGGCGCGCGCCGGCCGCGAGGAGGCCGCGGCGGCCGCGCGGGACGCCGAGCGACGCGGGAAGGCGCUCGAGGCCGAGGCGCUCGCGCACGCCGAGGAACUCGCCGCCGCAGACCGCGCGCGACGACAGGCCGAGGCCGAGCGGGACGACCUGCUCGACGAACUCAACAACUCCUCCGCCAAGAGUACACUUCUCGUCGACGAGAAGAAGCGGCUGGAGGCACGGAUAGCAGCGCUCGAAGAGGACCUCGAUGAGGAACAGUCCAACAACGAAAUCCUCAACGACAGGCUUCGGAAAUCACAGAACCAAAUCGACCAGCUUACAAUGGAGCUGGGCACAGAGAAGUCGGCCACGCAGAAACUGGAGAGCGGCAAGUUAGUGCUGGAGCGACAGAACAAGGAACUCAAGGCCAAACUCGCGGAGCUCGAGACUGCCGCCAGGACCAAGACCAAGGGCGUGAUAACUUCCUUGGAGCUGAAGGUGGCUAACCUGGAGGAGCAGUUGGAGGCGGAGUCCCGCGAGAGGCUGGCGCAGCAGAAGGCGUCGCGCAAGUUGGACAAGAAGAUGAAGGAGCUCGCGCUGCAACUGGACGAGGAGAGGAGGCACGCUGACCAGUACAAGGAACAGAUUGAGAAGAUGAACGUCCGCGUGAAAGCUCUGAAGCGUCAGCUCGACGAGGUGGAGGAGGAGGUGCAGCGCGAGAAGGUCGGCAAGCGGAAGGCGCAGCGCGAGCUCGAGGACAUGCUCGAGACGCACGAGACCCUCACCCGGGAGUGCAACAACCUGCGCAACAAGCUCAGACGGCAGGGCGGCGGCAUCGGUCUGUCGGGCGCGUCGUCGUCGUCCCGCAUGAAGCGCACGUCGCUGGCGCCGGGCGCCGGCUCGGGCGACGAGUCCUUCGACGACGUCAACGACACCACCAACAGCGUCGAGUAACCACACUCCGCGGCACGUCACGUCACGUCACGGAACGCUCGCCACUACACACCCGUCACAUGAUGUACAGACGUGUGACGUUAGCAAUAACUUAGUAUGUGACCCGAGCGGCGCAGUGCAUCGACAUGUUAUAGUGGAUGUACUGCGCCACUCGGGAGUGCCGAGCGAGGCCCGGUGACGUCACGCUACGACCACGUAACACUACAUGUAAUAGCACAUGUGAGGUAAUGUCUUCUCUCACUAUUUCGUUCAAGUAUUCUAAACUGUCGUCCAAAUGCACGCGUUCUAUAUACCACAAUAAUACAGCGAUGUCAGUUCCAAACUCAGCGCUGCAGUAUUGUGGUACGCCCGCUCAAGCUAACAGCUCAGCUUGAGGGGCGGACAGGAAUAUUAUCAAUAUGCCACACAUAUUGAUAAUAUUAUUUUAUACAAUGAACUAUGUCAAACGUGAUUAACAUCAGUUUAGUGACUAUUUGACUUUAGGCUAAGUAGUUAUUUUUGAAAUUUUAUUGUUAUUUCUUUGUAACUGUUCUAUAUUCGUCGACGUACUUAAUUACUGAAGAAUACAUUUGUUCAUAUGAUGCUCUUACAUGUAGCUCUAGUAUACUACAAUCGUAUUUUUGUAUAUAAAUCUUGGGUGAGGGAUUAUGGUAUUGUAAACCCGUGUUCACGUUAGCUGUCACACUGAAGUAGCCAGGAUGUGAUGUAGGACUUGUACAUUAGCGUUACAAACUUACGAUUGUAUGCGUGUGGCCCACGAGUCAUGUAAAUCGAGUUAAUGUAUGGAUAUAGCGAACAGCUGAGAACGCAUAGGCUUUUGUAUCUAAUAUACGUUUUCUUUCAUUGUAUAAUAUUAUUAUAUAUGUACGUGAAAUUUUAAUAUCAUUAUGAAAUAUUUUGAGUACAUUUUUUCAGUUUUAGGUGUAUGAAUAUGUACGCUAAUUUAUAUGUCAAUAUAAUAGUUUUACAAAUGCAUGAAAAAUGUCGGAGUAGUAUAUUCGUUCCGUGUUACACGCCGCGCCGCGGGCAACCUAUGGCGUACAGGUUCCUACGUCUAGAACGAUCACGCGGGUGCUCAAUUUACACUAAACAAAUACUGCAUUUAAACAGUCGAAUCUCUCAACACAAUAGCAAUUGGUGAUAAUACCCAUCCCAGUAUUAAACUAUACAUUCCUAACAAUCGAGAUUUUCACUUUGCCCAGACCAAGUCGGACGGGUAGAUUGUUAAAUUACUCAUUGGGUGAUAUUUGUAAUGAAAUUUUUUAAAGUAUUAUUAAAAUGUGGCAAAAUAUUACUUAUUCUGAUUGCAUUUAAACGCGACUGAGUAACCAAGACUGUUGUUGCGAUAUCUGACUCCCCCUCCAUUGUCAAUCGUACCGUUUGCGAGAUCUACCGCGUCACCGCUGAGCACACUCCCUCCACUCGUCCACUACCGCACGACUGCACUCUGCACUACUGCACUACUGCAGCACUACUGCCACUCUCUCGGUCUCAGUCAGUCGAGUGUGCUCGGUGCUCGACACCUACAUGUAAAUAUAUCAGUGUGAGUCACUGAGCGCUUAGUUGCCAUACAAAUUUUAAUGAUAGUUGUAAGUAAACAUGUGAGCUUUUCAUGUGAUGGGGUGUGACGCCGUGCUCGACACAAACUUAGUUGACAUAACUCACAGUCGGCUCAGUUUUUGAAGAUAACAUUGAGCACAAAAUAAAAUAAUUUUGAUUGAAGCAAAAUAGAAAUAUUUGUGCAAGCAAACUUGCUCAAAGUUCUGGGCUGUAUGGAAGGAAAGCAAUGCGCGAUUUUGUCGAGACGACGUGCUAUCACACCUGUGAUGUUACAAUAAUGUCUCGUACCAUCCCGCAGCAUGUUGAAUGUAAAUACACCGCUCAGGUGGUGUCAUGUAAAUUUGUUUACAUAACGACAAAACGGUAAAUUUGGACUUUCCGAUUUUGCCUAGUGAAUCUAUAUACAAUUGUGGAGCUGAAAUCACUCACAGUGUUAAUCUUGUGGAAGUGCUUAUACUGCAAUGGAUCGCACCACAAGUGGUAAGUCAUUAAGUAAGUAAGUGUAAGUGGUUGCUGCGCUCAUAUCAUGUCUGUGAUAUGGUAUUUAAGUUGGGCAAGGCAUGAAAAUGUAACUCCACCAGCUCAGUUUCUAGAAAAUGUUUUGUUAACAUUAUGAAAAUGAAUAGUUUCACAAAUAAACGAUUUAUUUUAAAGUGUUGAAGUUUUUUCAUAUAUUAUGUUUAAUUAUUAAUUUGAUACAAAGUUUCUUAUCUAUACGUUUUCUUUGUACUGUAAGCCGCUCAAUAAAGUAAAAAAUAGUACAAUAUUUUCAUGUUCAUGUUCAAGCCCAAACGCCAUACAAAGUGGUUGAUGUCCUUUUAAUGAUAGUUGUAAGUAAACAUGUGAGCUUUUCAUGUGAUGGGGUGUGACGCCGUGCUCGACACAAACUUAGUUGACAUAACUCACAGUCGGCUCAGUUUUUGAAGAUAACAUUGAGCACAAAAUAAAAUAAUUUUGAUUGAAGCAAAAUAGAAAUAUUUGUGCAAGCAAACUUGCUCAAAGUUCUGGGCUGUAUGGAUGGAAAGCAAUGCGCGAGCGAGGCGGCGUCACACCUCGUGUUAAGUGUUACAAUAAUGUCUCGUACCAUCCCGCAGCAUGUUGAAUGUAAAUACACCGAGCAGGUGGUGUCAUGUAAAUUUGUUUACAUAAAUACAAAACGGUAUUAUUUGUGUCUGCAGGCGAGGGUUUGCGCUAGAACGGCUUGCUCUUAUACACUUAGGUAAGACUCGUAGUAAUAAAUUGUGGCCUUAAGUUUUGUUUAUUGUCGACUUAAUACGUAAAAUGGAUUGGAAUUGUCUCUUGUAACAGAGGCCUAACUUGUAUCGUGCGAGCAUUUUUUAUCAUUAUUUACCAAGAGUCUUCAUGACCACUUUUUUAUUCAUUAUUAUAGUUUCCCGAAUAAUAAUAUAAAAUUUAAAUGUAAGUAAACAUUGAAGCAUAAACUUAUUUUACAUAAAUAUUAUAUUUAAUUAUUAACAAUAUUGAUAAUUGUAAAAUUGGCCAUAGGUUGUAACAAGUUAUCAGUUGGCAUGCCAAUUAAACAAUUUUUCAUGAUUUUUA